AUGGCUUUCAGUAACGCCGGAGGGGGAAAUAUCCCUGCAGAAUUGGGCCCAGAGCUCCCAAAUGUUUGCUCUGAGGAAGUCGGCUUUAAAGGUGUCUCCGGCGAUUGCAAUAUCCGAUUGCUCCCUACCCCUUGGCCUGACGAUGCUCUCCCGGCGCCAACAUGCUCACUUCUAGCCGUCGCAUCUACAAAAGGCGUAGUGGUUGGCGCUGGACCCGAAUCCCUAAUUGUUGCCUCCUCGGAAUCUGUGAGAAAAGCGAUCUCCGCACCUACCGGAGAGGAUAAAGUGAAAACAAAGCCCUUCGAACCUCAAGCUACAAUCUCACUUCCUGCGCGACCGACCCAUGUUGCUUUCGCAUCAGGCGAUGCUGCUUUAGUUUUAGCUACAGAAAAUGGAUCGCAACUGCUAGUGUACGAGACCGCGAGUUUGUUGACGGGAAAUGCGCAACCAGCUUUAUCCAUCCCAACGAACGGCGCCACCUUCCGAGCCAUUGCUCCGAAUCCUGCCCCAGCUAAUGAAAACGAAUCGCCUCUAGUUGCUCUCGUUACAAUCGGUGGCGAACUUUUAAUUGUGAACCUUAAGGCGGGAAGUUUGCUCUCAGGCUUGAAUGGACAAGUUUUGAAAACCGGAGUGAGCUCGGUGUGUUGGAGCAACAAGGGAAAGCAGCUCGUUGCUGGGCUUGCUGAUGGAACAGGGUGUCAAAUGACCCCUCAAGGUGUUGAGAAGGCUAUAAUACCCUGUCCAUCGGACCUUGAAGGGGAUUGCCACGUGUCGUCUAUAUCAUGGCUUGAGAAUGACAUCUUCCUUAUGGUGUAUACCCCGAGCGCUAACGAGGACGAAUCGGGCCAAACUCCCCCAUCCACUUACUACAUCAUCACGAGAAGAAAACAAGCGCCUUUCUUGAUCCAGAAAUUGCCCGAGUUAUGUCUCCCCUUUGGUGUCAAGCGGGCCCCAGCUUAUCAGUUCAUUGCGCGACUUAGGAAAUACGAUCCACAUCUUAAAGAUGUGUUAAUUGUGUCCUCUACCGCAUCUACAGAUGUAGGCCUAAUCACGAGAUCUGACCAACCGCUCUCAAGCGAUGAUACUGCUAAGUCAACCACUGGGCAGUUUACUACCACCGAAGUCAGUGAUGACACCAAGAGGGCCUCUCUUCCCCUUACAGACUCAGUCGACGAAACGUCAGUGGUUGGCUUGGGAAUUGAUCUAUCUAGCACGGAAAUUGUCGUGGCACCUAUUCAAGGUGAAGACAUCGCAGAGAGCUCUACCCCCUUGCCGAAUCUUCUAUUACUAAACAAUUAUGGCAUUCUUUCGUCAUGGUGGUUUAUAUAUUCUGAAUCAAUUCGCAAGAAACUACCGUACCAUGGCUUAGCGUCCACAAGCCAGACUCAGUCUCAAACACAGCCAGACGCUCCUAAGCAGCCUACGUUCGGUCAGUCAACAUUCAGCAACUCAUUAGGGUCGGGAUCUACAUUUGGGACACCAUCUGCGGCGCCGGCAUUUGGGAGCCCAUCAGCAUUAGGUGGGCGUCAGCAACCUUCAUUCGGAACACCCUCAUUUGGGGGUACUCCUUCCUUCGGAACCCCAUCGCAGACGGGAAUGGGACAUUCCUUUGGCACUCCUAGUGCUUUAGGACAACGCAGUACGGCCCAAUUUGGCAAGUCUGGGUUUGGCUCAAUGGGUACAACGCCAGCUUUCGGGCAACCAUCCACGCCUGCAAAGGGAGCUAGCUCCCUUCCGUUUGGGACACCUAGUUCUACUUCUGGAGGCGGCUUUGGCUCAUUUGCAAACUCGGGGGGGUUUGCUGGACUUGCAGCUUCAAAACCUGCAGCCGAGUCACCUUUCAGUAAGAUUUCUGGUUCGGGCCAAAGCCCGUUCUCGCAAGCUUCAGGAGCGUUGCCGUUUGGCGGCCAGACUGAUACUAGUACGGCCUUCACUCCACAGAAGACAGACGAGUCAAAGGGUCUGUUUGGCCUUGGCUCAGGCGGCUUUGUGCUUGGAUCUACGCUGAAGGGCGACGGUAGCGCUGUGAAUGAUGCUCCGAAGCCGGAGAAGCCGUCUGGGAUAUUUUCUUUGGGCACAUCUCUAGACGACAUGAUUUCGUCGCCCAAUAAGUCUAGCCCACCUGCAGAAUCCAUGGAUGAUGCAGAGGAUGAACCUAGCGUCUCGCAACAGCCAGACAUAUCCGAAGCUAAACCACUGGCACAGCCCUUAUUUGGUGCGCCCUCCAAGAUGCAGACCUCUACGCCUUCGUCUAUUUUUGGCUCCCAAGCACAGCCAUCUCAACCUUUUGGUGAUACCCAGAAUAACAAAGCACCUCUCUCUUUGUUUGGCAACACAGCCAAUGAAAAACAAACCCCCCUUUCCCCACCAUCAGAGAGGACGGCCAUGGCUAGCCCACCUCCAAACCAGAAGGAACUAACGGAUGUAGAAACUACCCCUGUUCCCUCAAUGGUUGAGCCUCCGCUGCCCCCUGACUCAACUAGCAAGGCAGUGUAUGGGCCUGGGGAUACGUCUGCCUCGUCUAAUGUGUCUAAAAGCUCGAUUGACGAUGCACCACUCCCACCAGACUUUAGUAUACCGCCUAAGAUCAAGCCCCCUUCAAGUACACUUGGAGGAGAACCACCUCUUCCCCCUGACUUCACACAGAAACACAAGAAAGUAGAGAUCGCGCAGGAGGUGCCACUACCCCCACACCCGGCUGCGCCGAAACCUGUUUCAACUUCCUCAGAAGAACAACCUGGCGAAGUGCAUGAAGGCUCGGAUGCUGACGAGUCGGAAAAAGGUGUAACCGAGGACGAAUCAGACUUUGCUGAUAGUGGGGAGGAUGUUACCUUUGAAGUCAGUGACAAAGACGAGGAACAAAAGCCCUCUGUGGAAAGUAUAAAGAAGUCCUUAGAAGCUCCCUCUGAGGCUAGACCUUCAGAAAAUGCUUCGACAGGAGGGUUGCCUUCACGCGUUUCUCAACCUGGCGAGCAACCACUGCGUCAGUUAUUUGGGGAAAUCACCCCACCCCUUCCUUCUCCAUCUCAUGCCAAUGACGGGCUUCGACUGCCAAUUAGUCCAGUACGAAGUGACAUGCAAAAGGGGGCUGUCGGAUCAUACGCCCCAGGAAGUGCUCUUGCUGCGCGGAAGGCUGAGCUUGCUCGUCAGGCCAUAGAGGAAAGAGAGAAACAACAAGCACAGGAGGAACAGGACCAGAAAGUUCGAGAAGAACAGCAGGUGCGACGGCAACAGGAAGAGGCACUGUCGCUUUCGGAUGAUGACGAGGAAGAAAGGCUACGCGGUGAUCUUGCCAGACCUUUAGAGCCUGUUCCUACCCUUGACCCUUUCCUAUCUCAUCAAGACUACACUGGGCAGACGAGCAAACCAGGUAUCCCUGGUCAAGUCGAGAGGCUUUACCGUGAUAUCAAUUCGAUGGUGGAUACUUUGGGUAUCAACGCACGGUCAUUAUCGUCCUUCGUUCUAUAUCAGAAAUCUUUAGAGGAUUCCAAUUGGGUUGAAAAGCUACGGGGCGAUCACCCGACGGAGAUUCUAGAUGAGAAGCUACGUCUUUCUGAAAUUGAGAAGCUCGACGAUGCUGUGCUUAAACUAUUCGAGGUGCUCGAGCAGGAGCGGGUCCAACAGGUAGAGGAGAAGCUGGAGAGUUGCCGUUUGCUUUUGAGUAAGGAUAUAUUCACUUUACGAGGUCAAUGUGCUAGCAUCAGAAAGACCCUAGAUGCGCACACAGACGCAGCUGCAAUAAUGACAGCACCUCUUUCUGCUGAACAAGCAAACCUCCAACAAGAUCUUCGGUCAGCUUCUACGGAUAUCCAAGCAAAACUCGCUGAUCUAGAAUCCGCCGUAUCUCUUUUGCGAGCCAAAAUUGCCGAAGCACCCCGUUCUGACAGUACCUCCCGGCAGUCUAGGCGGCCAACUGUGGAGGCCGUAGCAUCCACCAUUUCGACCAUGAUGACUAUGGCUGAAAGCAAGAGCAGCGACAUCGACCUUCUGGAAGCCCAGUUGAAGAAAUUAGGUAUCGAUACCUCUGCGCCUCAGGAAAGCCGAGACGGCUCGCCGUUUACAACCCCAAGAAAGGGCGCAGGCAGACUAUCUGCAACCCCUGGAUCUCGGUGUUCGUUGGAUGGUCCAGUCAGCGCCUAUCACACCCCAGAGUCGACUGGUCGAGGAAUCUAUUUCCGUUCCAGUAUCAACGGCUCGGCACGAAGUAGUCGGCUCUGGAAUGUUAACGGCGCUGGCGAUUUGGUUAGCAAGGAAGAGAGUGCACAAUGGAAGACGAAAAUGCACCGGCGACAGCAUAUUGUCGGCAGCUUGAAAAAGGCAAUAGAAGGGAAAAAGGUUAAGGUCCGAAGCGUGGAUGAUAUGUAA